AUGCCGACCGUCACCCGCGGCUCGGCCAUCUUGUUGAGCAGCGUCGCGAUGCCCGCCGACACCAGGUGGGCGGCGCGCCGCGACACGCACUCGCACACGUGCCGCACCGCCGCCAUGUCCGCCUCGGACGCGUGCGACAGCCCUGCGCCACAGUUGCCAUGUAACACUCCCGCCUUCGACAGCCCUGGCACCACUAGCACAAUGAAACGCUUCCCGCCUACUACACGUGCGACAGCCCUGCCGCGACAAGUACUA